GUUUGAUCCUGGCUUCUGUGCCACAUGGCCGACUCCGCUUCAGCUGACCUGACCCAGGAGCUGCUGGGGGAAGACGACGCGGACACCGCGUCUCUGGAGGAGCUCAAGCAUCAGGCGACGCAGGUUCUGAGCGGGAUCGCUGUAGCCACAGUGAUUUCCACCUGCACGCUGUUACUGCUGGUUCCGGAGCUACUCACUGCAGGGCUUUUGGCCUACACCCUCGGGCUCCGGCAUGCGGUGGAUGCAGACCACAUCGCCGCCAUUGAUAACAUCGCCAAGAGGCUCACCACCAUGAAGAAGCAGAACGCGCUGUCGGGCUUCUUUUUUGCCCUUGGGCACUCCACGGUGGUGGUGAUCAUGUGCGGUUUUGUGGCUGUGGGGCGCCAGAGCGCCAUGAAGCAUAUGAAGACACUGUCGGAUGAGGGUGGCAUCAUCGCGGGAGUGUUUGCUGGUGGCUUCCUGAUUGCAGUUGGGGUGAUGAAUUUAUGCACGGUCCGCGUGCUUUUGGAGGACUGGCGCGAACAGAAAAGAUAUGGCCAGCAUGAUCACGCAGUGGCUGGGCUCUGCAUGAGCUGCUGCCCUCGCCUCUUCAACGGCAUCACCGCCAGCUGGCAGAUGUACCCGGUCGGCUUUUUGUUCGGCCUGGGCUUCGAUACCUCCAGCGAGAUUGCGCUGCUGGCCAUGGUAGGCUUGUCCAGCGGCCUGCGUCAUCCCGGCUACGUGAUGAUUUUGCCCGUGAUGUUCCUGGCGGGCAUGUGCCUAGUGGACACCCUGAACGGGCUCUUCAUGGCAUGGCUGUACGGCAAGACCUCCAGCGGUAUGCAGAGAUUGUACUUCAACAUCUAUUUGACCGCGACGACAGCCAUGCUGGCGCUCUUCAUCGGCUCCUUGGAGCUGCUGGGGGUGGCCGCCACGGUGGAAGGGCUGAAGCAGGGGUUCUGGUCCUGGGUGGUGGCCUUUAACGCCAACUUUGAGCUGGUGGGCAUCACGGUGGUCUUCUUCUUCCUGUUGAACACAGCCCUGGCCAUUGGCUGCUAUCGGCGAUUGUUUCCGGAGGACCGGCGACCAGUGCGCAAGGACCUGCUGAAGUACAUCGAGCGCGGAGAAUUCAUCGACCGCUCAGGGAUCUGACCUCGCAAGCCCAGGGUUGCUCCUGUCGCAUGA